UGUUGGGACCGCCUGGCCUUCCAAUGAAGGACUCCUUGACCCUCCUGUCCCGCAUCCAGGCACACCCGGAUUCCCGUUGUUGGUUCCUAGCCUGGAAUCCUACAGGGACGCUCCUGGCUUCCUGUGGCGGUGACCGUAACAUCCGCAUCUGGGGAAAGGAAGGUGAUGCCUGGGUGUGCAAGUCCACUCUGGAUGAAGGGCAUCAAAGGACCAUCCGCAAGGUGGCCUGGUCCCCCUGUGGGAACUACUUGGCUUCGGCCAGCUUUGAUGCAACCACCUGCAUUUGGAAAAAAAACCAGGACAACUUCGAGUGUGCAGCCACUCUGGAGGGCCAUGAAAACGAGGUGAAGUCUGUAGCCUGGGCCCCAUCGGGCAGUCUCCUGGCUACCUGCAGCCGAGACAAAAGCGUCUGGGUUUGGGAAGUGGACGAAGAGGACGAGUACGAGUGCAUGAGUGUCUUGAAUUCCCACACACAGGAUGUCAAGCAUGUCGUCUGGCAUCCUAACCAAGAGCUGCUGGCAUCUGCCAGUUACGAUGACACCGUCAAGCUGUAUCAGGAGGAGGAAGACGACUGGGUGUGCUUCAGCACCUUGGAAGGCCACGAGUCCACGGUGUGGAGCUUGGCUUUUGAUCAGAAGGGAGAAAGGCUGGCUUCCUGUAGCGACGACAAGACCGUGCGAAUUUGGCAGCAGUUUAAGCCAGGCCAUGAGCAAGGCGUGGCCUGUAGUGGCACUGAUCCUGUGUGGAAGUGUGUUUGCACCCUCUCCGGUUUCCACACGCGGACUGUCUAUGACGUGGCCUGGUGCCACCUGACAGGUGCCUUGGCCACCGCUUGUGGAGACGACGCCAUCCGGGUGUUUGAGGAAGACCCUCUCUCGGACCCUCAUCAGCCCACCUUCUCCUUGACCGCACACAUGGCCCAAGCCCACUCUCAGGAUGUGAACUGUGUUGCCUGGAACCCCAAGGAGCCGGGGUUCCUGGCUUCGUGCAGUGACGAUGGAGAAAUGGCCUUCUGGAAGUAUCAGCGCCCAGAGACUUGCUAA